CGGGGAAAACUGGGCUCAGGCGGUGACACUCGGAGCGCACACUCCGCGCCGGAGCCGCGACACCGCGGAGCGCAGCUAGCCGCGCCCCAGCCCGGGUGAAGCCCGCGCAGCAGCAUCCCCGCCCGCAGCCCUCCGGCGCCCUCCGGCAAGGGGACCCGAGCGCCUGCUCCUGCUCCGCCGGGACCGCCGCUCCCCGCUCCUCUGCGCUGCAACUUCGCCGCCCGGCCCGCGCCCGCCUUUGAAGUUUGCAACCCGACAAGUUGGGAAGCUUGGGCCGACUGCGUCUCUCUCCUUUAUCCGCCUCCGCCCUGCGCUGCGGUCCCGCGGUUCCUGGAUACGGUGCUCAGCAUCCCCGCGGCCGGAGCCGGGGACGCGGGCUGUUUCGCACGCCACACCUCGGGGAAGGAUUUUCUCCUCCACCCCCUAGGACGAACAAACCGAUUUUUAAGGAUGGUGCUGCCCUACUGGUGUCUGCUGUGGCUGCUGGUACCCCUCGCCUCAAGGACCCAGAAGCUGCCCACUCGAGAUGAGGAGCUUUUCCAGAUGCAGAUCCGGGACAAAGCAUUUUUUCAUGACUCCUCAGUCAUUCCAGACGGAGCUGAAAUUAGCGGUUAUCUCUUUAGAGAUACACCUAAAAGGUAUUUCUUUGUAGUUGAAGAGGACAAUACCCCACUGUCAGUCACAGUGACUCCCUGUGACGCACCUUUGGAGUGGAAGCUGAGUCUCCAGGAGCUGCCUGAGGAGACCAGUGGGGAAGGCUCAGGUGACCCCGAACCUCUUGAGCAGCAGAAGCAACAGAUCAUUAAUGAGGAAGGCACAGAGUUGUUCUCCUACAAGGGCAAUGAUGUGGAGUAUUUCAUCUCUUCUAGCUCUCCAUCUGGGUUAUAUCAAUUGGAGCUUCUUUCAACAGAAAAAGACACACAUUUCAAAGUAUAUGCCACCACUACUCCAGAGUCAGAUCAGCCGUACCCUGAAUUACCGUAUGACCCCAGAGUAGAUGUGACUUCCCUGGGGUGCACCACAGUCACUUUGGCUUGGAAACCGAGCCCCACAGCCUCUUUGCUGAAACAACCCAUCCAGUACUGUGUGGUCAUCAACAGAGAACACAACUUUAAAAGUCUCUGCGCAGUGGAUGCAAAGCUGAGUGCGGACGAUGCUUUCAUGAUGGCACCAAAACCCGGGCUGGAUUUCAGCCCCUUUGACUUUGCCCACUUUGGAUUUCCCUCAGAUAAUCUGGGUAAAGAACGCAGCUACCUGGUAAAGCCUUCUCCAAAACUGGGGCGGCACGUCUACUCGAGGCCCAAGGUUGACAUCCAGCAGAUCUGCAUCGGAAACAAGAACAUCUUCACCGUUUCUGACCUGAAGCCUGACACACAGUACUACUUUGACAUCUUUGUGGUCAACACCAACAGCAACACAAGCACCGCCUAUGUGGGUACCUUUGCCAGGACCAAGGAAGAAGCAAAGCAGAAGACCGUGGAGCUCAAAGAUGGGAAAGUGACAGACGUAUUUGUUAAAAGGAAGGGAGCAAAGUUUCUCCGGUUUGCUCCAGUGUCUUCUCACCAAAAAGUCACCAUCUUUAUUCACUCUUGCCUGGAUGCUGUCCAGAUUCAAGUGAGAAGAGAUGGGAAACUUCUUCUGUCUCAGAACGUGGAAGGCAUCCGGCAGUUUCAGCUGAGGGGAAAACCCAAAGGAAAGUAUCUCAUUCGACUGAAAGGAAACAAGAAAGGAGCAUCUAUGUUGAAAAUUCUAGCCACCACCAGGCCUAGUAAGCAGUCCUUCCCCUCUCUUCCUGAAGACACGAGGAUCAAAGCCUUCGAUAAGCUCCGCACCUGUUCCUCAGCCACAGUGGCCUGGCUGGGCACCCAGGAGAGGAACAAGUUCUGCAUCUACAAAAAAGAAGUGGAUGACAGCUACAAUGCAGACCAGAAGAAAAGAGAGCAAAACCAAUGCCUAGGACCAGACACGAGGAAGAAAUCCGAAAAAGUCCUCUGUAAAUAUUUUCAUAGCCAGAACCUGCAGAAAGCAGUGACUACAGAAACCAUUAAAGAUCUUCAGCCUGGAAAAUCUUACCUGCUGGAUGUUUAUGUCAUAGGACAUGGGGGACACUCAGUGAAGUAUCAGAGUAAAAUCGUGAAAACCAGGAAGUUCUGUUAGUCACCUGGUAUAGAGAUAUAUUAUGUAGAACCCCAGGAAGGACUUCGAAUCAUUUUACCUACAGACUGAGUAUUCACACAGCUGAAAAAAGUUGUGACUGGUACAAAUGGUGACCUUUGGAAGGAAGGAUAUCAGCACGUGUAUACUGAUGUUUAUAAAAGCCCGGAGGAGACUUGUUCUAGUGUACCCCCUUGGUACCUAGUCUGUGUCUGAUGUUGUUGAUGUCAAAGAUAGAGGACAUCUUGAAGGAACUGCCAUCCCUUGCUUUGACCACUGCAUGAACUGCUUCUAAAUUAUUUUAUUACCUAAAAAUUUAAAAUAUGCCAUUCAUUGCACACAUCCACAAAUGCAAAACAUUCCUCUCUAUAGAUGCUAGAAUAUAUAUAAAUUAUUUUAUAAAAUCUUGUUUUAAAUGUCAGUGUCUCUAUGAUUGUAAACUAUUAAAUUCUUUUCCUAUUAAAGUACAGAUCUAAUCUAAGUAUUAUUAAGUGGACAGCCCUCUAGUCAGUUAUAUUGCUGUUGUAAAUUCUUAUUUGUUGAGUAAAAUGUUUAAAUACUGUAUUAUCUCAUGUACAAAGUUGACAUGCAUUAUAUCCAUGUACAUAAAAUUAAAGAUAUUAGAUUAUAUACUGUUCAUUUUCCCAAGCAGCUACCCUGGUGUAUUUAAUUUUUAAUUUGUCCCCAAAACUGUGCUUUUCUGUUAUUUGGCAUCAAAUUUGAUCCUUUGUAAACAGUUAUAAGGUACUGCUGUAUCUCUCUGUAGUUACUAUGGUAUUAGAAACAAUUAUUAAAGUGUAUAUUUUGGCACUGAA